AACAAAGAAAACAAUAUGAAACUUGGAAUUCACAGGAAUCGGAAUCGGGACCAGAAACCGCACGCCGACGUCCCCUGACCCCCAAUAUAAAACAACAUAAAAUUUAUGCGCGUUAGUUAGCGGAAUUUUUUUUUCUUUUUUUUUUCUUAAAGAAAAGUUGAUGCUUGGAGAGAAAUGGCAAUAAUGGAUGCAAUUGAAGUCGCUUCUCCUCCUUCUCAGUCCCCUUCACACUUCAGUCAACAGCGUCACUUCUAUGUCGCCGUUGACAGACUCCAGUUCAAAAUGGUUACAUUGGUGGAUUUAUUAGGGGUGGCGGGGCGCCGCUCUGGGCUGCCGAUGGUGGUGUGCUGCAGCUCUAGGGACGAGCUCGACGCUGUCUGCUCGGCUGUCUCUGACCUUCCUUACAUUUCUCUAGCUUCUCUGGGCUUUCAAAUGUGUUACUCCUUCCAGUACAGUGAUCUAGCUGAAUCAGAACGAAUCUUAGUAUUGGAGAAUUUUAAGCAAGCAACAUUGAGAUGGAACCAUAAUAUCACUGCUCAGUCAGGAGAGGGCACUGAAAUUGGAAAAGCUGAGGAUAAAUCUCAUAUGAUAGUUGUAACAGAUGCUUGCCUUCCGCUUCUUGCUUCUGGGGAGUCACCCAUUUCUGCACGUAUUCUGAUUAAUUAUGAGUUACCAAUGAAGAAGGAAACAUAUGCAAGACGCAUGGCUUGUUGUUUGGCAGCAGAUGGGAUUGUGAUAAAUAUGGUUGUUGGGGGAGAAGUGGUGACUCUUAAAAGUGUUGAAGAGAGCAGCAGCCUUGUCAUAGAUGAAAUGCCUAUAAAUAUAUCUGAGAUUUUAUGAAGAUGAUUUGUUUUCGACAAUAUCUACGGAGCAAAAAUAAGGCUUGACUUCCUGUAAUCUUUUCAGUCUUUUUAACAGUUGACAUCCUAAUAUAUUAUUUGGAUAAUUUGUGAGUAAUUUCAGCAAUAUUAAAAUUUUUGUCA